GAGGACGGGCAUGUUAUGCAGCGUGAGAUUGCUCUUGAUCUAGGAGGUUUUUUCAAAAGUGAAAUAUGUACAUAGUUUGAUGGUCGCAACGCACUGCAGCAUUGCGGUAGUGCAACAUCAUGAUUCCCAAGGUCCAAUGCACGCCCAAUGAGCAACCUAUCCUGGAAGAAACCGAUCAAAGAUAUCGGUACCCACGGAUGUCACGACCGGUUGUUAAGCAUGUUUGAAGUCGGCAACUUUUGCUUAGAAAAUACAUCCAUGUCCGACUGCUGCGAUAUCAUCCUCAGCCUUGUAACCUGUUGCUGUAUCUGCAGCAAUAUCUGCGGCGACGACCCUGUUGCAUGCUCGUAUUGUUGUUGUAAGGAGAAGCAGGACAAUGAUCUUGAAAUGGUAUUCCCUGAGGUUGUGCAAAGUCAGCCUCGGAGGAGGGACCCUAUGAUUGCUAAUGAUGUAACCCCGGAGGUCGCACCGGAUCAGUGGAGAGGGUCAAGAUGACAGAGUAAUAUGCUGCAUAGACGCUCAAUGGACAUAUUGGUUGUCUAUAAGGCCAUAGAUUGGAGAGGGCAGUCGCAAUAUGGUUGACGGAACAAUAAA